GGGGCGGGACCGGGAGGUGGCCCAGCUCGCUGGUGCUGAUGCAGGAUGGCUGAGCUCGCAGGAGCCCGGGAGGUCUGAGCCGGGAGAGGCUCCCUCCCUGCGCAUCGCCUCGUCUGCCCGCCUCGUGGUCGCGGGCAGGUGGGCCUGGGACGCAGCGCAGGGCCAGGGCAGGGCCAGGGCAGGCAGGUUUACAGCCGGCUGGGUCGAAGGCUGAUAGACUGCCCACCUACUCGGUCUUUGAGGGGCCGUAGCAGCCCACCCCGCGGAGUUAGCGAUGACCUGCUGAGAAGCUUCGUCCGAGGCGGCAGGAGGUGGCCUCGUUGCGGGCGGGCGGUGCGGUUCUCGACCACUUCCCUCUUUGUGCCGAAGCCCGGCCCCCCACCCAUCCCCGCGCCCCCUCCCUGCCGCCGGCCGAGAUGGCGGAUCCAGCCGAAUGCAGCAUCAAAGUGAUGUGCCGGUUCCGGCCACUCAACGAAGCAGAGAUCCUCCGCGGGGACAAAUUCAUCCCCAAAUUUAAAGGCGAUGAGACCGUGGUGAUCGGGCAAGGAAAGCCGUAUGUCUUCGACCGAGUGCUGCCUCCCAGCACGACCCAAGAGCAGGUUUACAAUGCGUGUGCGAAGCAGAUUGUCAAAGAUGUCCUUGAAGGUUAUAAUGGGACGAUUUUUGCAUAUGGACAGACCUCAUCAGGAAAAACACACACCAUGGAGGGGAAGCUCCACGACCCGCAGCUCAUGGGCAUCAUCCCAAGGAUUGCGCAUGACAUCUUUGACCAUAUCUACUCCAUGGACGAAAACCUGGAGUUUCACAUCAAGGUUUCCUAUUUUGAGAUCUACUUGGACAAAAUCAGGGACUUACUGGAUGUAUCCAAGACAAACUUGGCUGUUCACGAAGAUAAAAACAGAGUCCCGUACGUAAAGGGGUGCACCGAGCGGUUCGUGUCAAGCCCCGAGGAAGUCAUGGAUGUGAUAGAUGAAGGCAAAGCAAACCGCCACGUGGCUGUAACAAACAUGAAUGAACACAGCUCUAGAAGUCACAGUAUCUUCCUGAUUAAUAUUAAACAAGAGAAUGUAGAGACUGAAAAAAAACUCAGUGGGAAGCUUUAUCUAGUUGAUUUGGCUGGGAGCGAAAAGGUCAGCAAAACUGGUGCCGAGGGAGCUGUUCUUGAUGAAGCUAAAAAUAUCAAUAAGUCUUUGUCUGCUCUUGGAAACGUGAUCUCUGCCUUGGCAGAAGGGACGAAAACACACGUGCCAUACCGGGACAGCAAGAUGACUCGGAUUCUUCAGGACUCUUUGGGCGGGAACUGUAGAACCACCAUCGUUAUUUGCUGUUCCCCCUCAGUCUUCAAUGAAGCUGAGACCAAGUCAACGCUAAUGUUUGGACAAAGGGCUAAGACCAUCAAGAAUACAGUCUCCGUGAACCUGGAACUGACAGCAGAAGAAUGGAAGAAGAAAUAUGAAAAAGAGAAAGAGAAAAACAAGACUUUAAAGAAUGUUAUCCAGCAUCUGGAGAUGGAGCUAAACAGAUGGAGAAACGGAGAAGCUGUGCCCGAGGAUGAACAGAUCAGUGCGAAGGACCAGAAGACCCUGGAGCCCUGUGACAACACCCCCAUCCUAGACAACAUUGCCCCCGUGGUCGCCGGCAUCUCUGCAGAGGAGAAGGAGAAGUAUGAUGAGGAGCUCUCCAGUCUCUACCGGCAACUGGAUGAUAAGGAUGAUGAAAUUAACCAGCAGAGCCAGCUGGCUGAAAAGCUAAAGCAACAGAUGUUGGAUCAGGAUGAGCUUUUAGCUUCUACAAGAAGAGACUAUGAGAAGAUCCAGGAAGAGCUGACACGUCUCCAGAUUGAAAAUGAGGCAGCCAAAGAUGAGGUGAAAGAAGUUCUGCAGGCCCUGGAGGAGCUGGCUGUCAAUUACGACCAGAAGUCACAGGAAGUGGAGGACAAGACCAGGGCCAAUGAGCAGCUGACGGAUGAGCUGGCCCAGAAAACGACGACACUGACAACCACACAGCGAGAACUGAGCCAGCUGCAGGAGCUUAGCAAUCACCAGAAGAAGAGGGCUACCGAGAUCCUGAACUUGCUGUUGAAGGAUCUGGGGGAGAUCGGAGGAAUAAUUGGCACUAAUGAUGUGAAGACGUUGGCAGAUGUGAACGGAGUCAUUGAAGAGGAAUUCACCAUGGCCCGCCUGUACAUCAGCAAGAUGAAGUCGGAGGUCAAGUCCCUGGUGAACCGCAGCAAACAGCUGGAGAGUGCCCAGGUGGACUCCAACAGGAAGAUGAACGCCAGCGAGCGUGAACUGGCAGCCUGCCAGCUGCUCAUCUCCCAGCAUGAAGCCAAGAUCAAAUCCCUGACAGACUACAUGCAGAACAUGGAACAGAAGAGGAGGCAGCUGGAAGAGUCCCAAGACUCGCUCAGUGAAGAGCUGGCCAAGCUCCGAGCCCAAGAAAAAAUGCACGAAGUAAGCUUCCAGGAUAAGGAAAAGGAGCACCUGACCCGGCUGCAGGACGCUGAGGAGAUGAAGAAGGCACUGGAACAGCAGAUGGAGAGCCACCGGGAGGCUCAUCAGAAGCAGCUGUCCCGACUCCGAGAUGAAAUCGAGGAGAAGCAGAAAAUCAUCGAUGAGAUUCGGGAUUUGAAUCAGAAACUGCAACUGGAACAGGAGAAGCUCAGUUCUGAUUAUAACAAGCUGAAAAUAGAGGACCAAGAGAGGGAAAUGAAACUGGAAAAGCUCUUAUUGCUUAAUGAUAAAAGGGAGCAAGCCAGAGAGGACCUCAAAGGGCUGGAGGAGACAGUGUCCCGAGAGCUGCAGACUCUGCAUAACCUCCGGAAGCUCUUCGUCCAGGACCUGACUGCCCGGGUCAAAAAAAGUGUGGAGCUGGACAGCGACGAUGGAGGAGGUAGUGCUGCCCAGAAGCAGAAAAUUUCCUUCCUGGAGAACAAUCUGGAGCAGCUCACCAAGGUUCACAAACAGCUGGUCCGGGACAACGCAGACCUGCGCUGCGAGCUGCCCAAGCUGGAGAAGCGGCUGCGCGCCACGGCCGAGCGCGUCAAGGCGCUGGAGAGCGCGCUGAAGGAGGCCAAGGAGAACGCCAUGCGGGACCGCAAGCGCUACCAGCAGGAGGUGGACCGCAUCAAGGAGGCCGUGCGGGCCAAGAACAUGGCCAGGAGGGCCCACUCCGCCCAGAUUGCCAAGCCCAUCCGCCCUGGACACUACCCCGCAUCAUCUCCGACGGCCGUCCAUGCCAUCCGAGGGGGAGGAGGCGGCUCUUCAAACUCCACUCAGUACCAGAAAUAAAUACGAAAUAUGACUCUCCACGUAGCAUGUCAAGGACUACAUUAAUCACCAAUUCCUUUAUUUUUUUCCCUCCUACACAAUUUCCAUUUUCUUUUACACUUGCUUACCCCAGCCAUCUGCAGUACACCCGUCUCAGAUAUCUGAGCUGCGUAGAGUUUCUGUGUGUACAGAUGUGUGCUUGGACUUUUCUCUUCCCGAGAAAUCUGAAGGGGACAAUUAUGGAAGACCCACUUACUCCUGGGACCCGUUGCUGCAGCCUCGGGCUUAGGGCCCUGGGUGGUCCCCGGGCGGUCCUUGGAGCCUUCCUUCCUGGGCAGCUGCGGUCCCAGCAAACACCACUCCCUAGGGGGGGAACAACCCAGUGCUGCGGAGGCAAGGGCUCAUGCUCUGCCCGCCACAACUGUCUGGUUUCCUGUAAAAUAAACACAUUACUUUAUAUUUUUAGGGAACAAAAAAGUGCUGCUAUAGGGCUCAAAAUUUUCAUUCUGAACACUUUUCCGAAACAAAUCACCCUGAAGAUGCAUUUUGAAUACCCUGGUCACAUCUUUGGAUCUGUAAAAUACACCUUUUAGUAUGGCACCCGUUAAAACGCAAAGCAAAUUUCUUUGAGGCUGAAAAACAAUCUGACAGUAGCAAUGUAGAAAUUGUUCACUCAAACACAUCUGUGUAAAUGCGGAGAAGUCAUGCAUUCACCUCUGAGCUGCUUGCUACUGAACCUGCAGCGACUAGUCUCAGCCAGCCCGGUUUGAACAUCAUUCCUUCAGAAGUGCUGAAAAUGCUGCAAAGUUGGAUGAGUAGAAAUGGGGCUGCUCCCCUCUUCGCUUCUUCCUCCCUAAUGCGAUUGGAGCUUGCUUCAGGGAUGGCCUUUUUCUCUAGGGAACCAUCUGAAGGCUGGAAGGGGUAUUGCUGAUGAAAUCCAGGAUCAUUCCAGCAGCUGAAAAAGGAAGCCCAGGGGGAAAGUACUUGACUUAUUUUUGUGCCUAUGAAUAAGUUGCCAUGAAUCAGUUGUUACAGUAACCCAUCCUUGCUGGCUGAGUUCUCCCUUUGGCAUCACAUAGAUUUCAUCUUAGGCAGAAUUAGAAGAAAUCAGUGUGGAUGGCUUUUUUACAUUCAGCUUUAUUUGAAUAACAGGAAUCAAAAGCUGAAUCAGCUCUUACUUUCAAUUGUGCAUAUUAAAAUGAUCGAUUUCCAAGUAGCAAAGUUUUCGGGGAAGUGGACGAGGAUUCAAUUAAGUUAGUCCCGUGGGCUGCUACUUGUUCUGAUAAAUUUGAGGGUUAAGUCAAUGACAACCAAAGCGGUCUCAGUGAAAGCCUCCAACGUAUGAUUGUGCCUGCCCAGGAUGAGUGAGCUGGUACCGUCCCUGCUUCUGUCACCACUGGAAUGGAAUUAUGGGAGGAGAGACAUUGCGUUUUCUCAUCACUGGUGGGUGGAAGAUUGAGAUAGAGGGAGAGAGAGUGUGUGUGUGUGUCUGUGUGUGGAUAAAACACUAAAGACUGUGAACUGACUUCCAAACUCUUCUUGUAUAAAAUUUCCCUAACCAAGCAAAGCUGCUUCAACUUAAUUUAUUUGUUAAAUGUUGCACUUGGUUUCUGUGUGUUGUGUUUUGUUUUGAGGGGUGGGGUGAUAAGGAGAGAGAAGAGGGUGAAUUCUACUGAAAUAUUUAUUCGUAAAAAUGACAGUUUUGCAUUCAUUUACACUUUUUAAGUCUUUCUGUUUGAUUUUUUUUUUUUUAGAUGAUUGCUAGUACUCGCCCAAUAUAACUGCUCUGAUGCUAUUUGCCAUCUGAUAGAAGGGUCCUAGUAGGGCAGGUUUUGCAAACCUUAUCAGGUAAUAACACAUGCCAUAAACUAUAACCUUGCUGUUAAUAGUUUACCUCUGAUUUUAGAAGUUAAAACAUCGGCCUUUGAGAAGAUUGCCAAUUAAUAAAUCGCCGUAACUGUCUGUUAUGCAACUGUAUAAUUUUAUAUUUGGAAAUUGAACAACGUCCAUAAUUCUUUUUCUUGGGCUCUUUUGUUAACAGAUUAUUUCAGAUUCUUUCCAAAGUAAUUUUUCCCUGGGCACCCCUGUCUAAUUCCAAAGAAUUGUUUGGCCCUUUCAUGUUUCAAAAAGAAACAUUGACUUGUAGUUCCAUGUUUCUUGAUCUCAACAAAGGACUCACAAAAUUCACUUUACUUUAAUCACAGAGAAAGUUGGCUUUGAUGUCUCUUAAAGAUAAUUCUGCUAGUUGCUGAUCAGCCAGUCAGUUCACCUAGCUUCAAUCUUUAUAGGACCUCUAAACUAAUUUUCCUACACUGUGACUAAAAGGCAGGCAGAUCAUUGGAAUGGGUUACACAGUAUAUUCUAAUGGAUCCCUAAAUAUUACUUUGUAUAAUAAGGUUAACAUCAGGACCAUAUACUUUGUAGGCCACUUUUUUAAAAAGCCACAUUUACGCAGUUUUCACUUUUUUAGACUAUUGUUCCUUUACAUUUGUGCUCCAAAUGUAAAACCCACAUUUCUGAAUGGCUGAGCCUAUGGUUAUAUUUUUGGUUGUAUGCUGCUUUUUGCUUGUGUCUAUGUGUGUGUGUUUGUUUCUUCUCUAUGAAUAAUUUUAUUUUUUGUGCCACUGCUUGAAAGUUUACUCUUUGAUGCUGUAAGGGUGGUUUCUACAAAGAAUCUCUCCCUGCGGGAUGGUGGAUUGUUAAAUUAGAGGAAUGCUGUUUGGGAUACCAACAUCUGUGGUUGGAGACUAAGUAUAUUAAUGCCAAGCAUGUUUUGGUCAGUUACUGGAGAAGUCUAUACAAAUGAUCAUCUUGUCCAAUGCUGUACGGUUUGCCUUGCUGAGUGGCAGGUAGUAGGGAAAACUAAGUGUGGAUUAAAACUUUCAAAGGAAGUAGUAUCAUGUGAUUAAGAAAAUUAGCAUUCGUAGAAAUACUGGGAUAAAUGAAGAACUAAAAAUGUCUGUCUAGAAUGUAGCAUCUAGAGAGUUAUGGAAGCCCUGACUUCACAUGAGGAGUGAUGUUCCUGUCCAAAGCCAGACGAAGCCAUCACUAAGACGCAGAGGGAUUACCAGCUCUCCUGACCUAGAGGAAUAACUGAAAGCAAAUAAAAAUUCUUAACAGUCCUCUCUUCGAAGUGUAUUUUUUUUUUAAGCCAGGCAGAAGACAUUGAGACUGUGACUCUAUGACAUAUUAGGGAAGUUUUUCAUCAGCAGGGGGCGGGAGGUGGGGGCCAGGGGAGGAUUUCAGGUAAAAGCUGUCUCACCCUCCAUAUCUUGCACAAGCGAAAGGAACCACCAUCAUCUGAAAGGGCUUCUCUGAACACUCGUACUUUCAACAUUGAAUAAGGGCCAGGGAACAGCCGAAGGAAGCGCCGCUCCGUGAAGUCUGCUCACACAUUGACAGGUUGCCUGUGGGUCUGAAACACUUUGCAGAUUGUCUGUAGGUCUGACUGUGUGCAGCUGCGAGGGGACCAGGGCAUUCUGUAGAGUUCUGCGUGUCUAGUUUGUACAGUGUGUAGUGUGCACUGCACAUGUGUGUUCUCUGGGCUUUAUGCAUCUGUACAGUAGCUUUCAUUAAGAACAAAUUGUGGACAAACUUGUUUUGGUGGCGUGAGGGGAGAAUGGCAGUUCAUGUCCAGUAAUGAUGCUGUAAUAUAUAGUAUGUGUAACAAAGAUCUGGAGGUGACCCUCCCCUGGCCCUUGGAAAAUUUUGAUUAUCUUCUAGGUUCUAAAAUGAAGACUUGUGGAUACUCUGGCAGACUGCAUGCUGUAUAAUUUGAAAAAUACUAAAAGUGGAAAAUAAAAUUGAAUUAAACUUUG